CUGACCAAGCCAUAACAUUAACUCUAAAAAGCUAUUCAAGGAAGACCCUCCUUCACUUCCAUAUCAAUAUAUCAUCCAGUGUUAUAGGCAUAGCCUAUAUACAACAAAGAAGAAGCAAAGAAAGUAAGGAAUAUCAGAGACACAGAAGGUAACCAGAGAAGGAAAAAUGUCGUGGCAGACUUAUGUAGAUGAACACUUGAUGUGUGACAUUGAUGGCAACGGCCAGCAUCUUGCGGCAGCGGCCAUUGUUGGUCAUGAUGGCAGCCCAUGGGCCAAGAGUGCUUCCUUCCCGCAGUUUAAGGCUGAGGAGAUCACUGGUAUCAUGAAAGAUUUUGAUGAGCCUGGACACCUUGCUCCGACUGGCUUGCACCUUGGGGGAGUAAAGUACAUGGUAAUCCAGGGAGAACCUGGUGCGGUUAUCCGUGGAAAGAAGGGCUCUGGAGGAAUCACUAUCAAGAAAACCGGACAAGCACUAGUAUUCGGAAUCUAUGAAGAACCAGUGACUCCAGGACAGUGCAACAUGGUUGUUGAGAGGUUGGGCGAUUACCUUGCUGAUCAAGGCCUCUAGGGUGCUCAUCUACCACAAUACGUUCUAGUAUUUACCUCUUGAACAUUUUUGUUUU